AUGACUUCCGACAAAAAUAACUUGGUUGUAAAUGACCACGUGAUCGACAAUUCCAGUUCAGAAGAAGUGUCGAGCUCGAUCAUCAAGGAGGAAACGAAGAAAACGUGGACUAGUUAUAUAUGGGAUAGUUUGGAUAAAUCCCCUCAAGAGAGACGGUUUCUGUUCAAGCUUGAUUUGGCAGUGUUGACGUUCGCUUCUCUGGGAUAUUUCAUCAAGAAUUUGGAUCAGCAAAACAUAAACAAUGCAUUCGUCUCGGGUAUGAAAGAGGAUCUAGGUUUGUAUGGAAACCAACUCAAUUACAUGGUCGCAACAUGGACUGCAGGAUAUGUAAUCGGCGAGAUUCCGAGUAACAUUAUACUCACUCGAGUAGUCUGGACAAUCUUGACGAUGUGUAUGUCGCGGUGUAAUAACGUAUCGCAAAUAUAUGCAUUACGCUUUUUGAUUGGUUUGGCUGAGAGUGGUUUCUAUCCGGGAAUGCAGUACAUCAUCGGAUCGUGGUACAGAAAAGACGAGUUGGCUAAAAGAUCGUGCAUAUUCCACGCUACAGGUGCACUUGGAUCAAUGUUUUCCGGAUAUUUGAUGGCUUCCGUGUACCAUCUCGGUGGCCGAGGUGGUCUAAAAGGUUGGCAAUGGCUGUUUGUAAUUGAUGGUGUCAUCUCCCUUCCCAUUGCCAUAGCAGGAUAUUUCAUCCUCCCAGAUGUCCCAGAAAUUGCCAAGGCGUGGUACUUCUCUAAAGAGGAAUUGGACUAUGGUAAGAAACGCAUGGAAUUGGAAGGUCGGGAACAAAGAAAGCCGUAUACCAGAGCAAAGAUAACAAAGAUUUUCUCAUCUUGGCAUAUAUAUGCUCUUACUCUCUUAUAUGUAACUUUCAACAAUGGGGCGAGCGGAGCGGCACCAGUUUUCUCCCAAUUCCUCAAAAACUCGAAAAAUCCUAAGUAUACAGUGGGCCAAAUAAACACGUACCCGACAGGUACUUCGGCAGUACAAAUUGUGACCACGCUUGCGUAUGCCUGGACUUCAGAUACUGUCUUGAAUGGAAAACGCUGGCCACCCAUUGUUUUUGGCGGAGCUGUGAAUAUCAUAUGUUACGUUUCUCUCGCGAUAUGGGACAUACCCAUUGGUUGGAAAUGGGCAUGCUAUUAUCUCAUGGGUUCCGGGUAUGGCCUUUCUGGUCUUUGCAUGGCAUGGGCGCAUGAAAUCUGUAAUAAGGAUAAUGAAGAAAGGGCAAUAGUCAUUGCGACUAUGAAUGAAAUGGCUUACGUUCUUCAAGCUUGGUUGCCAUUGAUUGUUUGGCAACAAGUUGAUGCUCCGCAGUAUCGAAAGGGUUUCAUCACCAUUAGUGUACUUUCGUUCAUUCUUAUUCUGACGGCGUUUGCGAUCAGAAUAUUGUGGAAGCGGGAGAAACUCAGGGAAGCCAGAGACAAAACGGCUGAGUCAUUGACAAGUAAUGAAAACAAUGAGAGACAGUUUGAAGAUGUUGGAGUGGAUGUGAGCAAGGCUUUGGAUAUCAGUGUAGGAGAAGGAAGCGUCUCUGGUCCACAUUCUAAAGACCACAGUUCUAGGAUCGAUGAAUGA